GGGGCUAGGCUAGGCGUAGGCUAGUAUUCAAGCCGCCGCCCUGUGCCUCUCGCCCACUUGAUGAUUGAUCCUGGUUUUGUGGCUCAUCGUGGCUGGGUCGAUAACGGAUAAACCUGCGCAUAACGCCUAUCGCGCAUCGGCCGUGGCGCGUCCUAUAACCCAUUACCCAUCCAUCAUUAACAGCUUUGAACUUUGUUGCAAAUGUUGUGCACCUAGUUGUGGCAAAUGUGAUUUUUUUUUUGUGAAAUGGUUGAAAUUUUACGGACAAUGCCUAGUGUUACAUUAAAUUCUUUUCCGUAAAAGUGCUCAAUCGUUAAAAACGUUAGAGAAAAAUAUUGUUAAUAGAUACAUUUUAUAUAUCACCACCGAUCAAUACCCAGUUCUAUUUUUGAAACAUUACUUUGUCUUCUGGUGACUUCAUUGUAGAUUUUCAAAAUGUUGUUCCGUGUUACUUUGUCUUUAAUUUUUGUAUUUUUAUUGCCAAUGUUCUUGAGUAUUAAUGGUAGUAAAGAGUUCCGAUUAGGGCGGUCGAAGGGAGGAAAUUUAGGUGCGCCUGCUGAAUAUGCAGGUGAAAAUCUUCCUCCAGCACAAUGGUUUCAACAAAAGCUGGACCACUCAUCCCCAACAGAUCAAAGGGUUUGGGAGCAGAGAUACUUUGUAAAUGAUUCUUUCUAUAACAACAAGACUGGUCCUAUAUUUCUUAUGGUUGGGGGAGAAGGCCCAGCUAAUCCCAUGUGGAUGACUAAAGGAGCUUGGAUUACUUAUGCAAAAAAAUUUAAAGCUCUCUGCAUUAUGUUAGAACAUCGUUACUAUGGGGAGAGCCAUCCUACAAAGGACAUGAGCACAAAGAACCUUGAAUACCUAUCAUCAUUCCAAGCUUUGGCUGAUAUAGCCAACUUUGUGGAUGCUAUGAAUGUUAAAUAUGAAAAUAAACGGCAACUCAAGUGGGUGGCAUUUGGAGGUUCCUAUCCCGGAUCUCUUGUUGCUUGGUUAAGAGUUAAAUAUCCCCAUCUUAUAUUUAUGUCUGUGUCAUCUAGUGGGCCAUUACUAGCCAAGUUAGAUUUUCAAGAAUACUUUGAAGUUGUGCAAAAUGCAUUACUUGAGAAAACAUCCAGCAAGGAUUGUACAAACAAAAUUAAGGCAGCGCAUAGACAAAUUGUUUCUUUGAUGCAAACAAACCCAAGUGUUCUUGAUGACGAGUUCAGAACUUGUAAACCCCUCGAGAACGCCUCUAGGAAUGAUAUUAGGAACUUUUUUAACGGUAUCGCUAAUGAUGUCGCUGGUCUGGUCCAAUACAAUGAAGAUAAUAGAAUAACCAACGACUACACCUAUAACAAUCUCACUAUUAAUUCGGUUUGUGAUAUGCUAACUGAGUAUAAGAAUAACACUCCCGCAUACAAAGCCCUGGCUAGUUUCAACUCUAUGAUAUUGGAUCAGAACAACGAGACAUGUAUGGACUAUAGCUAUGAUAAUAUGAUACAAGAGUUGAGGAAUGUGACCUGGGAUUCGUCGGAGGGUGGUCGCCAAUGGAUGUAUCAGACAUGUACCGAAUUCGGCUUCUACCAGACAUCUACGGGUGAAGAAGAAAUGUUUGGGAACGAAUUUUCUUUGGAUUUCUUCAUACAACAAUGCAUUGAUGUCUUUGGAAAGAAUUUCAAUGAGGCCUUCAUAAAAGCGGGCAUAUCUUGGACCAACAUGGAUUACGGCGCACUCGCUAUCAGGGCAACGCGUGUUAUCUUUGUACACGGAUCUGUGGACCCGUGGCACGCUCUCGGCAUGCGCACUACUGCUAUUAACGAAUCUCCGGUCAUCUAUAUUCCAGGUACCGCCCACUGCGCUGACAUGUACCCUGCCCGCGAUUCCGACUUGCCCGAAUUGACCCGUGCCCGUGACACCAUUGAGAGCCGUCUAGCGCAGUGGCUUCAGCUUCCAUGACCAGUACACCCCUUCGCCGGUCUAACUGCGCGUCGUGUGGCCCAGAUCAUAUCGAUUUGUCUCAUUCCACACUCCAUGCUACUAUUGGGAUUCUCUAUGGCUGACGUAUUGCAUAACAGGUUUUUCCGUUAUUAAACGCAGCCCAAAACUUAUAUGAUGUUUAAUCAAGUAGUUGUAGUAAUUGGUGUCCAAUGUUAACUAAUGCUGAAAAGCAGUUAAAGUAAGUUAGGUUAAUCAAGAGCCAGUGCCACAGUAUUAGGAUUAUUUUCUAUCGUUAAUGUCAGCUUAAAUGAUUCAGGAAUACCUGAACAUUUACAUACAUUUGUGUCGCAUUAAAACCUAAAGACGCUGGAAAAAGCCUAAAUGUUUUCUUGCUACCAAAGGUGGCGCUAGUCAUUCUAGCAUAUUAAGCUCUUGUUCUCUGUGGCCUGGCCAAGUUUUACUCUUUAAACUUGUAUCAGAAGGUCUCGUCUUUUUCUAACAUUAUAAAUGGAAAAGAGAGGCAUGGUAAGACCUUCAUUGUAGAGAUAAGCUAAUAAAAAUACUCGGUCAGUUGACGAUGUUAGUUAUAAGUAAUACAUAUUCUUGAUGUCUCUUCAUGUAACUAAAGCGAAUUUAAACUUGUGUUGGGACUAUUAUUGUGAUACUCUUUCGAAAUAUUUAGUUGUACUAUGUAUGUUUUAGAAUUUGGGAUCACUUAUGUAACACAAAUUGUGAAACUGUUUAAACGGACAAAGUCUUUUGAAAAUAAAUGUCUAUUCUUAA